AUGCCUGCCCUGGACAAACUUCUAAAUUCAUCGGCAUUUAAAGCUGCGGUUCCUUGCACUGAACUCAAGCCUGUGAGAGAACCAGUUCAGGUGGGCGUGAACCCGAAUCCUGAUAUGGAACCAAUUCCGGAGCAGAAUUCGGAUUCUGGGUUUCAAUUGACUGACUAUAAUGGUGACGUGGAAAGAGAGGGGAUUAGAGAAUUCGAGGAAGGCGAAGAAGAAAUGGAAAUGGGUAGGGCUUUGAAGCCAUUCAAAGAUGGGAACAUGAAAAUUGAAAAGGGGGACUCGGAAUUCAACAGUUCCCUGUCCAUCCUGUUUAAAGCUCCUGAAAUGUGUCUUGUUUGCCAGAAUGUAAUCAACAGCAAGGAGAUAUUAUGCUCUGUUCGUGGCUGCCAAGCAGCCUUUCACCUAAAAUGUGCUAAAGAUGGACUUGGCUUCUUGUCUUCAAAACAAUUCAAGUGCCCUCAACAUGCAUGCUUUUUGUGUAAGCGAAAGAAUCGAUUGUGGCGAUGUAUAAGAUGCCCUACGGCAUCACAUGAUAGGUGUGCACCAUUUCCUGAGCACGUGAUUCGUUUGCCUGAUCGACCACAGGAGGUCAUUUGUUGGAGGCAUCCUACUGACUGGCAUUUGGAGGAGGACUCACAUAUCUAUUUUAAUAUGCAGCAAAAAGUUCCUGCCAGUAGCAUAAAGGAAAUAUUCUCUUGCUUGCCUCUUCUGCAUAAGGACAAGGAAUUCGAAAUUGACCUAAACUGGAAGGACCUGACAGAAAAUACAUUGGAGCCACCUCCAUACGAGCACAUCAAGCGAAACUUUUACCUCAUUAAGAGGAAGCGCGGUAAGGUUGAUGCUGAUACUGGAUGUGCAAGCUGCAGUUCUACUGAAUGCUCUGAGGCAUGUGUCUGCAGGGUUCAGUGCAUCAGCUGCUCGAAAGGUUGUCUUUGCAAAGGAAAUUGUAAAAACAGACCAUUUAGGAAAGAUAAAAAGAUCCAAAUUGUCAAGACAAAACAUUGUGGUUGGGGUGUAGUGGCAGCUGAGUCCAUCAAUAAAGGUGAUUUCGUGAUUGAGUAUGUUGGAGAAGUUAUUAAUGAUGCUUUGUGUGAGAAAAGGCUAUGGGAGAUGAAAGAUCAGGAAGUUCAAAACUUUUACAUGUGUGAAAUUCGGAAGGACUUUGUGAUUGAUGCGACGUUCAAGGGAAAUUCUUCACGGUUUCUAAAUCACAGCUGUGCUCCUAAUUGUAAACUGGAAAAAUGGCAGGUUGAAGGGGAGAUUCGUGUGGGUGUCUUUGCAUCUAGAUCCAUUCCAGUAGGAGAACCAUUAACCUACGACUACAGAUUUGAGCAAUUUGGGCCAGAGGUUGAGUGCCAGUGUGGAGCUGAAAACUGUCAAGGCAAUCUCGGGACUAAAAAGAAGGCUGUUUCAGGCAAAAGAAAUAAAAGGAAGACAGAUUUGAACUUCUCGUGGGGUGCAAGACGCCAAAGAUCAUCUCAGCUCGUUUAUGAGAACAGUUAG